AUGUGCUGGAUGUGCUACGUUCGAGACGCGUUCAUAUUGGACUUCUCCCUGCAGGCCCGCAAUGCCGCAAUAGUCGUCUUGUCCACGGACGGUACAGAGGCAGGCAAUCUGUACCAAAUGGUUCUUGGAAUCAGUGGGGGCACCGCUAUCAGACGUUGCACGGAGUGCAGAAAACUCCAUUUCGUGUCAUCUCCAGGCGUACUGAGCGAGCAGGAGAUGCGACGCUUCUGGCUGCGUUACGACAACGGCACCUUCGCCCUAGGCAAGCACCAGCAGGCAGCCUACUUCGAGUGGACCGACCCAGAACCCAAAGCUGCCCCGUUGUUCUAUGGCUUUGCCAGCUGGGACUGGCCCCAGACCUGGGCGGUCCAUUAUGCCUGUCACUUAAAGCAUGCGGCAUUGGUAGAGGGAGGUGUGGGCGUUCCACGUCAACCUCCUCGUUAA